AUGGCGGCUCACUUGACCGCGGUGAGAGAUCGUCUAGUCUGUGGCAUUGCACAAGAGAGUAUACAGAAGAGAUUGCUCUCGGAGGCAGAUCUGACAUUCAAACGUGCGGUGGAAAUUGCUGUCGCCAUGGAAACGGCUGCCAGAGACGCAGUGGAGCUACGAUCAGGAGUGAAAGUGUCCGUAAACAAGGUGACCACUGCAGGUUCCGCUGUUUCAGUGAUGUCACAGCACGAGUUUGAAAAACAUUUCAAGACAGCUAAGUUAAAGCCAUCGCCUGUCAAACUGAAAACGUAUACUGGUGAGCCCAUAAUUCCUCUGGGGGUGAUGCCUGUGACUGUAAAGUACAAUGAUCAGCAGAGUGAGUUGGAUCUGUACAUAGUACGAACAGAGGGACUAGCACUUUGGGGACGUGACUGGUUGAGGAAGUUGCAGUUGGACUUGAAAUCUAUAAAAAGUCUGCAAGUCACAGGUUCUGUGUCACCGUGCGCUCAAAAGGAACUGGAAAAAGUGCUGGACGGGGCUGCAGUGGUGUUUCAAUCAGGAAUAGGAACUCUGAAGCAUAUCAAGCGGAAAAUAACCUUGGAUGAGAACACUGUUCUGAAGUUUCACAAGGCAAGGCCUGUUCCCUAUGCUAUUCACCAGCAAUUGGAAACGGAGCUGGAUCGGUUGGAAGCUGAAGGAAUACUGUCAAAAGUUGACUGGAGUCACUGGGCCACUCCUGUAGUUCCUGUCGCCAAGAAAGACGGAACUGUAAGACUUUGUGGGGAUAUUAAAGUCUCUGUCAACCCUGUACUGCAGGCAGAACAAUAUCCACUACCGAGAAUAGAGGAUAUUUUUGCUACACUUUCAGGAGGACAGCUCUUUAGUAAAAUAGACUUGGCAGAAGCAUAUUUACAAAUGGAAAUGGAGGAGGACUCAAAGGUGUUCUUGACUAUCAGUACUCACAAGGGCUUAUACUGCUAUAAUAGGCUUGUUUUCGGUGUCGCCUCAGCACCGGCAUUAUGGCAAAGAGCUAUGGAUCAGAUACUUCAGGGUUGCCCUGGUACCCAAUGCUACCUUGAUGACAUCAUUGUCAGAGGUGACAGUGACAAUAGUCACUUGGAGAACUUAGCACGAGUCUUAAAGAGAUUGGAAGAGUAUGGACUGCGUGCAAGACGUGAUAAGUGUGAGUUUUUCAAGGACACAAUCACAUAUUGUGGGCACAAAAUCGAUGCAAAUGGUUUGCACAAGUGUCAUGACAAGCUAAGGGCUGUUGCAGAGGCUCCACAGCCAAAAGAUGUCUCGCAAUUGAGGUCCUUCUUUGGAUUUAUCAAUUACUACAACAGGUUUUUGCCAAACCUAGCCACUGUUCUCCAUCCUCUAAAUGCCCUGUUACAAGCAGGAAAGAAAUGGACGUGGUCAAAGCAAUGCACGCAAGCUUUUCAGGAAGAAAAGAAACUGGUGAUGUCAGAUACAAUUCUGACUCAUUUUGACCCUCACAGACCACUAAGGGUGGCAUGCGACGCCUCACCAUAUGGAAUCGGAGUGGUGUUGUCGCAUGUGAUGGCUGAUGGAACGGAGAGCCCCAUAGCUUUCGCUUCACGCUCCCUUACUGCUGCAGAGAAGAACUAUGCACAGAUUGACAGGGAAGCUUUGAGCCUGGUCUGGGGUGUGAAACGAUUCAAUCAGUAUCUGUAUGGAAACACAUUUACCUUGGUUACAGACCAUCAGCUGUUGGUUUCCAUCUUCAAUCCUCAGAAAGGAGUUCCACAGACCGCAGCAGCACGGAUGCAAAGGUGGGCAUUGUUUCUGGGAGGACAUAGAUACCAGAUUGAAUUUAAAAGAACACACAAACAUGCUAACGCUGAUGGGAUAUCACGUCUACCACUGGAUGGUUGUGAUUCAAAGAUAGAGAAUGUUAGCACACCUUUGGAUGUUUUUACAAUUGCUCAGCUUGAGAGUUCUCCUGUUACAGACGAGAUGAUUCGGAGAGAAACCAGGAGAGAUCCUGCAUUAUCCCAGGUAUAUUCCGCUAUACAGUCUGGCUGGAAUGCAGAGCAAAAUCUUCGAUUCACACAAUUCUAUCAGCGCCGUGAUGAACUCACUCUAGAUGGGGGUUGCAUCAUGUGGGGAUUAAGAGUUGUUUUACCACCUAAGUUGCAAAGUCGAGUCUUGGAGGAGCUCCAUGUUGGACAUCUUGGAGUGGUAAAAAUGAAGUCACUUGCAAGAAGUUUCGUAUGGUGGCCCGGUAUAGAUCAGCAGAUCGAGCAGCUUGCCAUGCACUGCUCAGGGUGUCAACAUGUGCAAAGAUUGCCAAAACCCGCACCACUACAUCCUUGGGAAUGGCCUGCGUUACCGUGGCAAAGGAUCCAUGUUGACUUUGCGGGUCCCUUCAUGGGCACUACAUUUCUGGUUGUUGUUGAUGCGUGUUCAAAGUGGCCAGAAGUGUUCAGCAUGACCUCCACAACUGCCGCCCAAACUGUCAUGGUUCUGAGAGAACUUUUCGCAAGGACUGGUGUACCAGAACAGCUGGUGUGUGAUAAUGGUCCCCAGUUUAUAUCUGAGGAGUUCCAGAUCUUCCUAAGGAACAAUGGAAUCAGGCAUGUGACCUCAGCGCCCUACCACCCAACUACAAAUGGCUUAGCUGAGAGAUUUGUGCAAAGCUUGAAGAAUGCACUGCGGGCCAUGAUAUAUGAAAAGCUCACACUAAACCAGAAGCUUCACAAUUUCUUGUUUGCAUAUCGAAAUGCAACUCAUGUCACCACAAAUCGAACACCUGCCAUGUUGUUCCUUGGUAGAGCCUUACGCUCAAGGCUGGACUUGCUGAAACCCAAUUUGAGGAGAACCGUACAUGACAGACAGAUGAAACAGUCACAAGGAGGUGGGAAAACGAGAGAGUUAGAAGUUGGAGAGAGUGUGCUCACUAGAAACUACAGAGGAGAUCACAAAUGGAAUCCUGCAAAGGUCAAAGAAAGAACAGGACCGCUGUCAUAUACAGUUGAGAUUGCACCAGAUACCACCUGGAGACGACACAUUGAUCAGUUGAGAAGAUCAAAUAUUCCUCUGGGAAGUGGUCCCGUGAGUGUUCCAUUCACCACGACUGAUACUGUUACCAGUGAAAGUAAUACAACAACACCUCAAGAUGGCACUGUAUCUUCCAGUGAAGCGCCCCAAACACCAAUUCCAACCUGUGAAGAGAAACGUUACCCUACCCGUGUACGGAAACCACCAACCCGGCUUAACUUAUAA